AUGGACUCUCGUUCCAAGAAGUCGCGGUCGCUGGCAAUUGACGACAAAUCCCCACCUUCCUCCAAACGCCCCGUAACAGGUGAUCGUCACAACUCGGCCCCAGCAAUCAAACCACGCCGCGAGAGCCAGUCCAAACGGCUUUCUUCCGGCACCAAAGCAUCCGACUCCAGCCAGCGCAGCUCUAAGACCAUCCAGCGGGAGGAUGCUGUUGCUCGACCGACGUCUGCUCGCGUGACGGAGCGGUCCAGGAAUGGCAGUCAAUCCAAGCUGCUUCAGACCAAGGAUCAGGAGGAGGUCGUCACUCUUGGUUUUGCUAUCCUUGGCGCUCAAGGAGUGGGCAAGAGUUAUUUUGCCCGCAAUGCCAUUGACUUGCGUACAUUGCCUGACAGUCCGCUGAACGCCAGCAAAGUCUCCCUUGCUGGUAAUCUAUAUCGUGUCCAGUUGUUCGAGCUCGGUUUCGAAGAUGUCGAUUUCAGCAGUGGCAGCAGGGUGAUUUGGCCCAAGACGAUCAAAGGCAUUGCGGUACCAUCCUUCCAAGGCGUGUUCUGCCUAUACGACGUCACCGACUCCAGCAGCGUUGCCAAUGUUCCUCCAGUUCUCUCUGCUCUUUCGAAAUCCGACACGCCCUGCAUGCUUGUCGCCUGUAAGGCGGAGAUUCCCGAAGAGCGUCGUGAAGUCCAGUCGCGCUUCCACGAACAAGUCAAACGAUCUUUCUCCAGCGUAGUGGUUGCGGAAACAAACAAAGACGAACCGGGAACCCAGAAGCGAUGUCUGUCUAAUAUGCUUCAUCGUGUUUUCGCGAUGGCUCGAGCUGGCGCCAAACCUGAAACUCGCGAUCGUUCUCACUCUGAGGCAACAUAUCUGGCAAAGCAAUCUCCGUCCCGGGAUUCUUCGCCGGCGAAGUCGAGAAGUCGGAGCCGCUCUCAUUCUAGGCUUCGCGUAUCCAAGUCCAAAGAUUAUCUAAUCAAUAUGUCCGCUAGACCACCAAUAAUCGAGUCCGCCGACGAAGACAGUGAUGAAGAUUCUGGCGACGAGCUCGAACUCGCCACCUUUUCGAAAACAAAACUCAAGGUUGACACCAACAAUGUACCCAGAUCCCAGUCCCGGCCGACCGAACCCCACACGCCUGUGUCAGACGACGAUUUGACAUCGAGCCAAUUAGUAUCCCGGUCAGAAUCAUCAAAGACGACUGUGCCCGAGACUCCGGAGUCCUAUUAUGUCAAGUCCAUGCUCAGACCAGUAUCCACCGACACUGUUGACAAUCGCGCAUUCCAAACUUUUCUCAAUAUGGACGAAGAAUCACUGGACGACUCGCCACAUCCAGAUGUCGAGGCUAGCAGCAAGGCGAUGAAAGCGCUCGCGGUUGGAGCAUACCCAACCGGUAAUGAGACAGGCGUAUCAUUCCAUGACUUGGUUGAGAGGCUUUUGACGUUACCAGCUUCGAAACAGGACUCCAAAUUUGUUCCAUCCUUUCUAUGCUUGUAUCGACUGUUCGCCACACCCAAGCAGCUCCUCGUGGCGAUUAUCGACCGGUUCGUGAAGACAGAGAAAAGCGAUCUGGUGAGGUUCACCAAAGUAGCAGAAAUGCUACGGUAUUUGCAAGUACUCGGUCAGUGGACUGCUCAAUACCCGGGUGACUUUGCACCUGCUCAAGUGCGAGACAUUGCCACGGCAUUCGUGCAAUCCCUAGAGAAGUCGAGAGAAUUCUCGCCAGCUGCGAGGGAAAUCAACAACAAUCUGGCUACACAUGUGGCAGACGACGAUCAAGAUUGGGCAUAUGAUGAUGGGCCCAACUCAGCAAGCAGCAAAGGGAGUUUCUCCACCCACAAAAAGACGCCGACGUCUUCAUCGACAUCAAUCCCAUCGUCAAUGAACGAAAUCGGCAUGAAGCACUCUGGACGUGGUGAAGCGCCAGACACCGAUGAUGAUGACAAGCAAGGGUCUAUCCUUUCGCCAUCCGUAUCACAGGUCCUCCGGACCGGCAAUUCGAGCCAGACACUGUUGAACAUUGCACAACUCGAGGAGGCUCGAGAAGAAGCGAAACGACUCAGACCUAAUCCUUGUAUCCGACUGACCAAGGUUCAGUGGCAUCAGUUUAUGGACAUGCCGACCGACGAAAUCGCCCGGGAAAUUACGCGCAUUGACUGGACCAUGUAUUCGUCGAUUCGGCCACGAGACUAUGUACGCCACGUCACGAUCAGCGAGAAGAGGCGAUCACGCCGCAACGACAACAUCAGUGUCAUGGUUCGGCAAUUCAACCACCUUGCGCUGUUUGUGUCUGGAAUGAUACUCUUGCGAGAUAAAGCCAAGCAUCGUGCGCGAGCCAUGGAGAAAUUCAUGAGUCUUGCGUGGAAAGUCCGGCAAAUGAACAACUACAAUUCGUUGGGUGCAAUUGUUGCUGGAAUCAAUGGACACGAGAUCGCUCGAUUGGCAGCGACCCGACAGCUGGUACCUGAAGAGACACAGAAGCAGUUCCUAAGGCUGACUAUCUUGAUGGGAAUUUCGCGGUCACACGCGGCAUAUCGAAUGGCGUGGGACAACUCGUUCAACGAGCGAAUCCCUUUCAUCCCGUUGCUCCGACAAGACUUGACGAUGGCAUCAUCGGCAAACCAAACCUUUAUUGGAGCCAACGUCAAUUGGAAGAAGUUCGAGAUCAUGGGCGAGGCGAUUGUUGGUGUGCAACGAAGCUUGGAGCAACACUACACCUUUCCCCAUCGAACGAUCCGCAGCGAGGAGACUGUGAAACUGAUAUUAGAAUCACGGAUUCUUGAAGAAUCUGAGGAUUCAGCAGAUCCACGAGGCGAGCUGUAUGACCGGAGUGUACAGAUCGAACCACAGAAUCAGGCUGGUCCUGAUUCACGGCACAAAAAGUUUCAGUGGCUGGGGCGUUAG